AUAGGUCUCUCAAUUAGUGAUAGAAGUGAGUCAUCUAAUAAGUUAGCAAAAAUGAUCAGUGGGAUAAAAGUCGCAAACCUCAGGGAUGUUUACAAAAAUUGCGAAAGUGGCGUGGACAGGUCACGAAACAUAGCGUCAUGAUGUUCGUACUAGACUAUCAAAUUGUGUAAACAAUUCAUUAAAACUAAACAAAUGUAAGAAGCAAGUGUUUUUUUUAAUAAAAUAUCGGCUAUAAUCUUCAAGGGUUUUGAAAGGAUUUCCUGUUUGAGUCAAACGUAUCAAAAUGUUAAUAAAACGUAUUGAAUCAAAUCGUCGGGCGAUAACCAAGGAUAUUAUUAUUAUUAGAGCUUAUUAUAUUGCAACUUUUCACUAUAAAUUACGAUCAUUUUGUCAAAACAUUCAUUGCUCAUAAUGGAGAUAAGUUCACAUUGCCUUUCUCUUUGCUUCUUCGCCCCACAAACAAAGGAGAACAUGGUUUUUAUCCCGUAAAUAGUCAAACAGAAUCUAUCACUAGGGUAAAGUGCCGUAAGCUAAAGUUUUUUAUCAACAUCAACAUUUUUAGGGCUUUAUGCAGAGAAUCGAGGAGGAGAAUCCGUAGAAAGGAUGGGUAUGUAGCUUUGCCUUAAUCGCUUUACAGAGUAAAUAGAAAAAAAGCUAGAAAAAGCCAAGAAAACGGACACUAGUAAGCGUUUUAAUGGUGUAAUAUUGAAAAUGUGUUUCCUCGGGCGUCCGCAUCUUAAAAUGAGGGGGAAAAAUUUCUAAGGAUAUAAAAAUUGCAGGAUUUUCAUGCGAUGAAUAUCAUCAUCCUUCUCACACUUUUACAAUAUAAAAAGAGACUUUUUAUAUAAUAAUAUCUUUUUAUCUGACUGAUUUUAUAAUUAGGUGCUUCCUUGGUUGGGAAUACUCUGUAGAUGAUGAGAAAAAAUAUGCAGUGUAUGAUGGGGGAGGUGCUGCUUACUGGAUGUCUGUAAAGAUCUAG